GAUAUGGAUUCCAUAACAAAGAAAAACAAGCGGGAUGGAACUGAAGUUACAGAGCGACUUAUUACGGAAACGGUUACCACCAGAUUGACGUCUCUCCCUCCAAAAGGAGCUGGUAGUAGUGGACAUAAAUCAACAGCUUAUAGUGGAGGAAGCAGCAUGGAAAGGAGGACAUAUGGCCAUGGCAGCAGUUAUACCGCAGCCAGUGGGAAUGCUAGAAUGAAUACCUCCUCUUCCUCCUACAAGCAAGCCACCUCUCCUUCUUCCACUCUUACCAAAUCACCUGGCUCCACUUUUGAACGAAAAACCUAUGCUACCCACCAUCCAGCAUAUGAAGGAAGCUCCAGUGCAAAUUCCUCGCCAGAGUUUCCACGCAAAGAUUUCGGUUCUUCUGCUACUAGGGGACGAAGCCAAACCCGAGAGAGUGAAAUCCGAGUGCGGUUGCAGAGUGCUUCUCCAUCAACCAGGUGGACAGAAUUGGAUGAUGUCAAGCGACUUUUACGGGGAAGUCGAUCAGCGAGUGCUAGUCCUACUCGUUCCCAUUCAGGCACACUCCCUAUUCCAAAGAAAGCUGUUGUUGAAACCAAAAUGGUGACAGAAAGCUCCCAAUCAGUGUCAGGGACUUAUGACACAACAAUCUUGAAUGCUGCCCUCCCACCAUACAUGUGGUCCUCCACCCUGCCUGCAGGGUCAUCUCUUGGUGGCUACCAUAACAACAUGACCCAAAGUUCAUCUUUGAUCAACACUGCAGCCCAUUCUACUGGAUCAGUAUUUGGCGUUCCAAACAACUUGGCCCCAACUUCAUCCACUCUGAAUGGUGGUCUUAGCAAUUCUUCCACAGCAUAUGGUGUUCAAAAUAACCUGGCUCCAAACACACUUGGAGUCACAAGUACCACAACCACAGCUUCCACAGCAUAUGGAACAAAGAAAAAUGCAGUGCAAAGCUCUGGUGUGACUAGUACAGGUGUGUCCACAUCAUCUACAACUGUUGCUGCGUCCACAAACUCUCAGAGUGAUGACAUCCUACGCAAAGACUGCAAAUUUGUGCUCAUAGAAAAAGAUAAUGUAACUCCCAAGAAAGAAAUGGAACUAUUGAUCAUGUCCAAGGACAGUGGAAAAGUUUUUAGUGCAUCAGGCACUGGGCUCAGUGGAGGUUAUUAUGCAGAAGACACCUUACAAAAAGGCGAAAAGGCUAGCUCUUAUUAUGCUGGAGAUUCCUAUCUGAAAUCAGAAACAAAUGGUGGCCUUAAAUCUGUUUCCGCAAAAGACAAAACCGCUGUUGCAGGAGGCAGAGGUGAUAAUGGGUGUGGAGGGGCCGGGGGUUGUCCAGCCUGGUGCCCCUGUAGUUCAUGUUGCAACUGGUGGAUGUGGCUCCUGGGUUUGCUACUGGCCUGGCUGCUCCUUCUUGGUCUUCUUUUUGGACUUAUUGCUUUGGUGGAGGAAGUACGGAAGUUGAAAUCGCGAGUGGAGAGCCUUGAAUCACCGAUUGAGUCCCGACAAGGAAUUGGCACUCACUCAGAAAAGUUAGUCAGCCAGGGAGGCACACUCAGCAAUAUGAAUGAACAUGAACUACGGAAUUAUCUGAAAUCGUUAAUAAGUGUGGAGAUGAAACAAGGUCAGUUCCGAGGAGAACCAGGACCAAAAGGGGAUAUUGGGAUCCAAGGACCAAAAGGAGACCCAGGCAUACCAGGCUUAAUAGGUCACCCUGGGCCAGAGGGACCAAGGGGACUAAAAGGCAGCAUGGGUGAAACUGGCCAGGAAGGCCCCAUAGGGCCAAGAGGACGAGAUGGGCCUCCAGGCCUCCGUGGGGAGCCUGGUUCCCCGGGAUUUGGAGAGAAAGGUGACAAAGGUUCUGCUGGGGAACCAGGUGUGCAAGGUCCACCAGGUGUCCAAGGUUCUAUAGGUCCUAAAGGUCCUCCAGGAAUUCAAGGAUUUAGAGGUGAAGCAGGUAUCCCCGGUUCUAAAGGUGAAAAAGGAGCCAUGGGAAUAGCUGGAUCCAAAGGUGAUCCAGGAGAGAGAGGACCCCGUGGUCUUACAGGUGAACCAGGAUCCAGAGGACUGCCUGGGCCAGUAGGUGAACCAGGAUCUAAAGGAUCAGCAGGUCCACCUGGCCCAGAUGGACAUCAAGGUCCCAGAGGGGAACAAGGACCUAUGGGUAUCCCAGGUCCACGAGGACCACCAGGGCCUGCUGGAGAUGCUGGACAGCCAGGUCUUACCGGAGCACAAGGCCCACCAGGUAUGACAGGAGCUGCAGGCCGACCUGGUCCUAAAGGUGAACCCGGAGUACCUGGCCAGGUCACUAGUUCAGAUGGUGGAGCAACUGUUGCACUUCCUGGCCCACCAGGUCCAUCAGGGGCUCCUGGCCCUCCUGGCCCACCUGGUGUCCCAGGUCCUGUUGGCCCAGCUGGUCUUCCUGGAGCUCAAGGUCCUCGUGGUGAGAGAGGCAUUCAAGGAGAAACCACCUUUGUUGAAACCGCUAAUCCUGCAGUUGCUCCGCUAGAAGCAUUGCCAAAACUUAGAGGACCUCCAGGACCUCCAGGACCCCCAGGUCCACCAGGAUCCCCAGGUGCCUCUGUUGAGGGCCCACCAGGGCCCCGUGGCCCACCAGGAGAAGGCUUACCAGGUCCACCUGGGAGACCAGGUUCUUUUGUUCCCACAUCAGAAACUUUCUUUGCUGGCCCACCAGGACCCCCUGGUCCUCCAGGUCCAAAAGGAGAUCAAGGGUUGCCUGGCCCACGAGGAUUCAAAGGUGAACAAGGUCAGCCAGGUCUCCCAGGAGCCUCUGUUCAAGCAGGUUCUGGAAUUUCUGUCCAAGGACCACCUGGACAUCCUGGAUCACCUGGGCCUAAAGGAGACAAAGGUGAUGCAGGUGUACCAGGAGCCCCUGGAAUCCCUGGUGGAGCUGGAUCCAGAAUUUCUCAGGGCCCUCCAGGUCCUCCAGGUCCUCCUGGAGCUCCAGGAAUUGGAAUUAGUUCAAUGCAAGAGAUCCAACAGUAUGUCGCUGAGUACCUACAGAGUGAUAGUAUUGGCCGUUACCUGAUUGGACCACAAGGCCCACCUGGUCCUCCAGGACCUCCAGGAAUCACCAUUGGUGAUGAAUCUUUGGACUAUGGUGAAUUGGCCCAUCGUGUUAUGAGCUACCUAUCCACUUCCAGUUCCUCAUCUUCUCUAUCUUCAUUCUCCUCAUCACUGUCUUAUGAAAAUCUUCUUGCCAUGCUGCAGAGAGAGGACAUUCGAUCAUAUCUUACUGGACCUCGAGGUCCCCCAGGUCCUGCUGGGCCACCUGGACUUGGAGGAGAUAGUUUAGCUUUGUCAUUGGACUAUGAUGAGUUAACAAGACGUGUUAUCAGCUACAUGACAAGUUCUGGAACUACUAUUGGACUUCCUGGACCACCUGGUCCUCCUGGUCUGCCAGGAGCAUCUUAUGGUGAUAUCUUAACUUUGCUUCAAGAUUCAGAAUUCAGAGGCAUUGUGGGGCCACCUGGGCCUCCAGGCCCCCCAGGAAGAUCAGGUAGCUCUGUUUCCACCCUUACUGCAGAGGAUAUCUCCACAUAUCUACAAAGUAUGGGAUAUUCCUUGGGUGCUGGUCCCCCUGGGCCACCAGGCCCCCGAGGCCUCCCAGGACCACCUGGUUUUUCAGGAACUGGUGUUAUCUCUCCUGAGUAUGGAGUUUGGAGUGACCAGUUCAGGAGUGAAUUGAUCCAAUACCUUACAAGUGAUGAUGUACGUAGCUUCAUCAGAGGACCACCUGGACCUCCAGGACCACCUGGACCAAGAGGAGAUGGCAGCUUUAGGGCUGAAAAUUAUAGAAGUUCUGUAAAUUCAGAAGGAACAUAUGGCAGAUCUACAAGUUCUGGCUUAUCGUAUGAUGCAUCAUUAGCCACAGGAGAAUCAAGCAGCAAUUUGUUCAGAAGCAAUGGUGGAUUACGUGCAGAUGAAUCUUAUGCUGGAACAUUUGGAAGAGAAGGAUCACAAAUGAGUUUAAUAGGUGAAAAAGGAUCUUAUAUGAGAUCCUAUGAUGGGUCAUUGGAUUACAAUGAAUUAGCAUCCAGGGUCUCUGAAAACAUACAGAGCCGAGGCCUUCUUCAAGACAUUUUCACUUAUCAUACACAAGGCCCACCUGGACCACCUGGGCCCCCUGGUAUUAGCAAAGUGUUUGCAUCCUAUGGCAAUAUCACAGCAGACCUCAUGGAUUUCUUCAGAGCUUAUGGAACCAUUCCAGGCCCACCUGGACCACAAGGACUGAUGGGAUACCCAGGCCGUAAAGGUGAUACUGGAUCAAUGGGCCCACCAGGCCCCCAAGGACCAAGGGGUCCAAAAGGUGAAAAAGGUGAAUCAGUGUACAGUGGUCGAAGUAGAAGACAAAGUACAAGAGCCUAAACUAAGAACACAAAUUAGGACACAGAUUAUCCCAAAUAUUGUUGUUGUUUCUUAAUGCCAAAAGAGGUGAAACACCAAUGGCUGUUGACUUUCACUAAAGAAACAUCAAUCUGCUACAAAGACUUGGUAUUUGGGGAAUUAUUUUACUAACAUGUUCUCUUAUGUCUAGAUUCUCGAUGGCUUUCAGAGGCUUAAUUAGUCACUUGUUAUAAUUCUAUAUUAAUUUGGAGAUCUAUCAUUGAAAUAUGAGGAUUUUAUAUCUGCAUACCCUGCCCAAUUCAUCUUAUUAUCCAGACACAUCUGAAUUCCUUCAGAUAAAUACUAGAACAUUUUCAUAUAAUUUUUGAAACCUUUUUUUAAAAACCAUUUUCAUUUUGAAAAUGAAAGGAUUAAAGGUGGGUACUUUAUCUAGCAAGGGAUGUAUCUAACAGUGCUGCAUUUAAAACGGGGGCUAAAAUCAAAAUAUUGCCAGCAGGAUGUAUAAAACAUGUUAUAUUUUAUAUACUGUAUUUCUCCAUUCUUUCAAACCCUGUUAACUGCAUUGUGAAGAAUAUUGGAAUUAAUGAUAUUUAAGCAUUUUUGUUAGAACUGAUAAAAAAAAGCUUGCUAUGGUUUUUUAUCACAUGAAAUGCCUUUUUAAUAUCCAGCUUUUCAUUAGCUCUCAUAUAUAUUCUAGCCUUUGGUUUCUACUAAAGUUAAAGUAGUGUGUUGUUCCGGCAUAGUUAGAAGGGAAGUUUUUAAGCGAACUAUUGAUUUGUUUUGGUCUUGGUGCUUUCAAGUCAGUCUUGACACCUGGAAACUACAUGGACAAGUCCCAGACGUUUUCUUGGCAACAUUCUCAGGGUGGUUUGCCAUAGCCUUCUCCCUAGGGCUGAGAAUUUCUCAAUUUCCAGUGUGGUACCUUUAACCACAACAUCAAACUGGCUCUCAUAAUAGUAACUACGGUAGUACAAUUUCAUACUGAGUUCAGUAUCAUGUCCUUCAAAAUGGAAUAAUCUUACAUAAAAACACUUCUACCUUUACAAUGAACACCUUUCAAGCUUUUUUCAAUAAGAAUCUACAACCCCAAUUAAUUUCAUCAUAGAAUUAUAUGCACAAAAUAGGUAAAGGACAUAAGCAUAUUUAUCCGUAAAAUUUAUUUUCAUAUAGCUUCAGAUCAGUCAAUUUGACAAUGUUGUUUUGUAUUGCCUAAAUUCUCUGAUCCCAUCAAAAUGCACUGUAGUAGUAUUUGCAAAACAAUUGGUAUGAACAGUUAAAUUAAACCUGACAUAAUCAUGCACACAGAGUAAAUGGUACAGUACUGUGCAAUUCUGUGCAUGUCUAAAAGCUUCCACUGAAUUUAGUGGAACCUGUUUCCUUAUAAAUAUUUGCAAAAUGAAAACCUAAUGUAUUGCAAUUAUAGACAUGAAAUCCAGCUUUCCUAAGCCUGUAAACAUGAUAAUUUCAUACUGAAAUUAUUAGACAGAUAUACUGUCUGCUUGUCUCUUUUUCAAUCUGUCUAUGCGCGUAUGCACACACAUAUCCCUCCAACAGAUUUGAUUCACACUGUAAUCUUUUAUACUUUAAAUCCUGAAAUGAUAGCUGACAUUUUGAUACUAUACUCAGUUAUAGUUCAUCCUCUAUUUUUUUAUUUUCUACAUGAGCAAUCCUGAUGUUCUAUUGCUUUUGUGACAUCAAGUCAUUGCCAACUCGAUUGGUAACAAAAGGAUACAGAUGUAGAUGAUUAACACCAAUGCUAGAUUGCCCAUUUACAAGUUGCAAGUGGUCAAGUGACUAAUUUCCAGUUCUCUCCAGAUGGUACUAAUCUCCAAUUCUUGAAGUUGCAUGGAUGAAAAUUUAGUAUAUUUAGAAAGCACCAGAUUGGAGAGAUUUAUCCCCCCAAAAAACACACAAGAUGAAGAACUGUGCUUUAUCUUUUUUUUUUUUUUUUGGCCUCAAACCAGGUAUUUCUCCUUUUAAAAAGGACUGGAGGCCAUAUUCCAGCAAUUUGACAACCAGCAAGCCAUAUUUGCAAUUAAAAUUUGGAUUAGCAAGCUGCCCAUUUCUGAAAAUACCCUAAGCGUCAAGCAUAAAUCCUUAAGUUUAUUAAAUACUUUUCUGAACUUAUCAUUAGCAUGGAAAAUGAAUUCCAAAUUUUCUUUUUAAAUUUUAAGUACUGGUUUUUAUUCAGGAUAAAAUGAAUAAUUUGUAACUAAAAUCCAGGCAUGGGAAUUAGUUGUAAGGAUUUUGAAAUGAGAAUCCGUUUGAGCUAUUUGCCACAGAAGUAGGCUGUGCUUUAAUUCAAAUGUUAUUUGUAAAUGAAAUAUUUGUUUUUUAAAAAAUAAAGUUACUUUAAGAUUCUGUAGUGUGUUUUUUCUCAAAAUCCAGCAGGGCACAAUUACAAAAGGGAACAAAAUUGGAUUGACUUUAAUUUACAUUUUAAUUGAUCUAAUUGACAUUUAAUAAAUGUAUUCCACAAUUAACCAGCUGUAUCCACUUGAGUAAACAGCAAUUAGUACAAAUUGAUCAGGAACAAACAUUUUUAGUAAAGUUUGAAGCAGAGAUAUUCAGUCACAAUAUUAGAAAUCAUUUUCAUUCGAAUUGAUGAUUUAUGUAUUUGCUAAUCAAAAAGGGUUGAAUAUGUGAAAAAGAAUCAUCUUAUAACUUUAAAGAGGGUAGAGAUUUUUUAGCUGCUAUAAAGAUCAAGAACUACUUUAAUCUUUUUUUCUACUUGAACUUUACUACUUUUUAAAAAUAAAAAUUCACUAUAUAAUUUUGUUUAUCUUUUACAUAUGUGUAAAUCAUUAAUAAAAAUUAAUUUAAAAAAAUCAUUAUCUAGGUAUGAAGAAGCAAUGUCUUCUUAGGAUCAUCUAGCAGAUUUAGAGGGCAGCAAUAGAAAAUAUAUUCAUAGACCAACUCAAGAGCUGGUUAUACUUUUUUUGAUACAUCUCUGAGUGUCAAAAUCUCACGGUGAGGCUUCUUUAGAAUUUUCCUUCUCACCUCUUUAGAAAGGGCUAACUGGAAAGAAAUGAUCAGAACAACACACUAUCUGAUUUAUUUAUUGUUCAAACAUCAAAAAGAAAAAUCUAGUUGACUGAGGUCUCAUGAUUGGACAGCAUCCUUAGAAUAAGUAACAAGCAAAUACACAGCAAGAGCUUAAUAACCGUUUAUUAUGUAUGGUACCACCAUUCCAACUUUUUAUCUGGGAAUGUACAGUGGCACAUAUGGGUUUUCCCCCCUUAUAACUAUGAUGACUGAGCUGAGAGAUUUCAUCAUUCUUAGUGAGGCAAAACUAACAACUUGUCAUUGAGACACAGAAACUGAAUUGGAAGGGAUUUCAUUAUGGCAGCCACACACGCACCCUACUCAAUGCCAGAAUCUGGUUAAUUCCCCUAACAGGUUGCUAGCCAACUCCAAGACAGCAUCAUUUCUUCCUGUUCUUGGCAGAUUGUUCUAUGUGUUUUUUGUUGAUGAGAAAUUCUUCCUAAUUGGCCCAAUCAGACAAUUUUUAGUACCCUAGUAGCAAAUUGUUCCAGCUUCUCUCAUCCUUUCAAGAACGUAAUGCCCAGAAAUGGGAUAAUCUAAAUGUAUAUUGUAUGGUAGUACAAUAUACAAUGGAACAAUUACUCUCCAUAGCCUGUAUGAAAUCUGUUUCAGUCCAAGAUAGGAUAAGCAUUUUAGCACUUUGUUUAGCACUCAUAUUCAGUUGCAGGUACAUUAGUACUUCUUGAUUCUUCUCCCGAAUUUUUCUUCCAAACCAAUAUUUCAGUGUCUCCUAUCUGAUUCUUUUCUAUACAGAGAUUCUUAUAUUUAUCACAACUGAUAUCACCCUAUUGAAUUCACACCUGUAUUCAACAUUGAAUACAGGUGUGCGUGUGUGCGUGUGCGCGCCUUUGAGUCAGUGUUGAAUCCUGUCAACUUCUUACAUUAAUCCCUGCAGUUUUCUUAUCAGGUUUUCCAAAGUUAUUUGCCACCGUCUCCUUCUUAGGGCUGACAGCGAUUGGCCCAGCUGGCUUUGUGCCUCAGUUUCUAACCUGAUGCCUUAAUGACUACACCAAAUCACCUGCUCAUGAACUAUAUUCAUGAAUAUAUUUCACUAGUUACAAUAUAAAUAAAAUCAAUAUUUGAAUUGAUCAUCAUACAGAAUAAGUUGGCUUAUUUUGUAUGAUGUUAAAGCUUCAGUAUCUGACUAACUCAAUUUUAUUCCUUUGACACAAUAAAACUGAAAUGAGUUUUUAAAAAUGAUUUUUAAAAUGUUGCUUUGACAAUAUUAAUCUCAACAGGAAGCAUCAAUGCUGUAUAGAUUUAUGAAACUAAUGAUAUGAUCAAAAAUACACUUGUAGUAACAUACCCACAUUGUGUCUAUUUUGUGUUAGAAACUCACCAUGCCUUUUUGCUUAAGGAUUGGUAUGCCAAAGCUACAGGCCCAUGAAGAAUAUGAUAUUUUUCUCUUGUAUAAACCUAUACUUUUCAAUGGAGUUCUGCAUAUUUAUUCUUCAGAUAUUAUAUAAGAGCACCAUCCAUAAUAUGUCAUGUUAUCUGAUGAAGGGAUAUACUGACAGAAUUAUGAUUACUGAUAGACAGAAUAUCAAGUUAUUCCUUCCAACUGGUGUAACCACUUAAACCAAUGAGGCAGCAUACAAUAAAAUGAGAACAUAUUAGAAAAUAUCUUGCUAAAUAUUUCCUUAUGUAAAUAUAUUCAUAAUGAGAUAUGUCACUUGAUGUUUCUUUCUGAAAGAAUUCUUUAUUAUUAAAAGUAUCCUUGAAGCCCUUAAUUCAAUUUCUAAAAUUGUGUGAAUUUUACAGGCUUUUAUAUAUCAUGCAUUAGCCUUACCACAAAAAGAUCACAAAAUGUAGAGCAGAAUAAUAACUGAAUAUAGAGAAGUUGAAAGAGUUGAAUCAUAGGCAACAAUUAUUAGGCUUUUUAUUCUGUCAUCCAACAAUCAUAUUUCUUGAGGUAUUAGUGAGUUGUUCUUCCCCGUUGGAUCAUAUAGCCAAUUUGAUAUUAUGUUCCAAUAGAAUAAGAGCACUGUAACUGAAAAAUAGAAACCUUUUCAAAUUAGAAUAGGAAACUAUGGGUCCAAGUUGACCCAUAUCCAAGCCAGGUUUCCUGUCAUGAUGUCAAAGAAACAAUUGUCAAUGAAGACCUGAAAUAGAUAACCGAAGACCAUUAUGGGGGUCAAUGGAUCUCAAACCCAAUUUAUGUCAUGAAAUUGUAACUAUAUUGAAAUAAAGCUCCUAAGAGGAAAGUUCCACCACAGAUAACCGUUAACAUGGGAAAAUACCAAGCAGUAUUAAUUAAUGUAUUCCAAAUGUUGAUUACCUAGUUCUACAUACAGAUGGUAUUUAAUAAAUUCCCACAAAACACCACACACCAAAAGGAAAACCAUUCAGAUUAGCAAACAAUGCCUCCAUUUGUACAUUUCAGAAUUCUGCCUUAAUCAUGCUGUCCAAUUAUUUGAUUCUGAACAAACUCAGGUUUGUUUGUUUUAUCUCCAAAAAG